AUGAUUGACAGGAGUCCGGAUGAUGACCCGCCACCUGUGAUUGUUGCUGUGGUCGGUCCAAAGGGGACGGGAAAAACCACUUUGAUUAGAUCUCUAAUACGAAGAUUAACGAAGACUACAUUAACAGAUAUAAAGGGUCCUAUUACUGUCGUGAGUGGCAAAAGAAGAAGGCUCACUUUUAUCGAAUGUGCUAAUGAUCUUAACUCAAUGAUAGAUAUUGCGAAAGUUGCAGAUCUGGUCUUGCUCAUGAUCGAUGGCAAUUUUGGAUUUGAGAUGGAAACAAUGGAAUUUUUGAAUAUUGCACAACAUCACGGUAUGCCUAAGAUUCUUGGAGUGACAACUCAUCUUGAUCUUUUCAAAAAGCCGGCGACUUUGCGGGCCUCGAAAAAGAGAUUAAAACACCGCUUUUGGACCGAAGUUUAUCAAGGCGCAAAACUUUUCUAUUUAUCGGGGGUGAUUAAUGGCCGCUACCCUGAUAGAGAAAUUCUGAAUCUUACACGUUUUAUUUCCGUGAUGAAAUUCAGACCUCUGAGAUGGAGAAAUGAACAUCCAUAUCUGUUAGUCGAUAGAAUCAUAGAUCUGACGCAUCCUUCUUUGAUAGAAAAAAAUCAAAAAGUCGAUCGAAAGGUCGCUGUUUAUGGAUAUGUUCAUGGCACUGCAUUGAAAGCAGAGAAUCAACGAGUCCAUAUUGCCGGUGUAGGGGAUUAUACGAUUUCUCAUGUGGAGAAAUUACCAGACCCUUGUCCUACGCCCUACUACGAGCAGAGAUUAGAAGAAAUUGAACGGGAACAAAGGAAGGAUACAGAGCAAAGUGGGCAAAAGAGUGUUUCAAGGCGUGGAAGAAGAAAGCGAUUGGAAGAUAAGCAAAAAAUUAUCUACGGGCCAAUGUCAGAUGUUCAAGGGGUUUUAAUAGAUAAAGAUGCAGUCUAUAUUGACGUUGGAAGUGAAUCAUUCAAAGAGGGAGCUGAGCAUGGUCUUGGUGAGAAAAUGGUGACCAGCCUACAGAAGGCCAGUGAGAGACUGGAUGCAAGAUCAUUCGGUGAGGUCCAGUUGUUUAGUGAUGCCCCUGAAUCAGUUGCAGACCACGUGCAAAAUGUCGAAGAUGAGGUUCUCAGGCAAGAAAGUGGAAGAAAAGAGCUUAGACAGGCUCGUCCUUAUAAGUUUGACGAGUCAGAGGUCUCUGAUGACGCAGAAGUUUCUUCUAGUGAUGCAGAAUCCCAAGACGAACGCGACAAUCGAGAAAAUCUCAACUUUUUGAACGAUAUCCGGAAGUCAUUUCAAACACCAAUGGAAAUUGAACAAGCAAACCUCGAAUCUGAUUCUGAUUUUGACUUAUCGGAUGAUGAGUCAUUGGAGGCUAAAUCUUACUGGCAAAAAAUUGGCUCGAAGCUGAAUAGCAAUGAAGGGAAAACGACAUGGGAUAUUAACAAGUUGUUGUAUAUGGAUAACAUUGACCCCAUUGAUGCAAUAUCCAGAUGGAAGAAAGAAGAAGAAGAACUGGAAUAUUCGAGCUCCAUUGAAGAUGGAGAUGCUGACGACAAAGAAAUUCAUGACACGGAAGAUCAGGAUUCAGACGAAGAUGAGAAUUUCUUUGUAAAAAAGGUCAUUUCCAAUAACUUUAUUCAGAGGGAUAGUCCUCAUAAUGGAAACGUCACUCCCGCCAGCAAAUUACAUGACAAAUGGCUUGUAAAUCAUUCCGCUAUGGGCAGGUUGAAAAGUCGGUUUUUUGUUUCUCCAAAGCAAAGGUUGAAAGAGUUAGAUGCCGACGACGAGAUUGACCCAGAAGAGGAAUACGGAGAUUUUGAAAAUUUGGAAAGUGAGGAGGAAGAUUCAGGCACUACUUCCGAGGAAUCUUCCGGAAACGAUGCGGGGGAUGAUUUUUUCAAUUUUAAUGCUGAAGCCACUGACAUCCAAGACACAAUAGAUGUUGGUUCAGCUAGUGGAGACCAAUCUAGCGAUAUGAGUUUUGAGCGGCAGAGGGAGCGCAACGCGAAGAGAAAAGAGAAACUGAGACAACAGUUUGAAGAGGAGGAAGAUUUAACAAACAACAAUGAUAUAUUUGAUGAAACUGAUACAUGGUAUGACUACCAGAAGGCAAAGAUGGCUAAACAACUUGAGAUUAACAAAUCUGAGCUUACCGACAUGUCAGAAGACGUCAGGGCACAUAUAGAGGGUUUCACCGCAGGGUCAUAUGUCAAAUUGACAUUCAAUAAUCUACCAAUGGAAGUAAUAGAAAAUUUUGAUCCAAAAUAUCCUUUGGUUAUUGGUGGCCUUUUACAAACUGAAGAUAGAUUUGGAUUUCUAAACGCAAGAAUCAGAAGACACAGGUGGCACAAAAAGGUUUUGAAGACUAACGACCCGCUGAUCUUAUCUUUAGGAUGGAGGAGAUUUCAAACGCUUCCAAUUUACACAACAUCUGACUCAAGAACUAGGAAUAGACUGCUGAAGUAUACCCCCGAACACACAUAUUGCUUUGCUACUUUCUAUGGACCUUUGGUUGCACCGAAUACUACUUUUUGUGGUGUACAAGCAGUUUCAAAGGAGCUCACAACCGGCUCUUUUAGAAUAGCUGCUACUGGUAUUGUUGAGGACUUGAAUGCUGAUGUCGAGAUUGUGAAGAAACUGAAGCUUGUUGGCCACCCCUACAAAGUUUUCAAGAACACAGCAUUCAUCAAAGAUAUGUUUUCUUCUGCUUUGGAAGUCGCAAAAUUCGAAGGAGCCACUAUCCGAACAGUAUCCGGACUUCGGGGAGAGAUCAAGAGAGCUCUUUCCAAACCGGAGGGACAUUUUAGAGCCACUUUUGAGGAUAAAAUCUUGAUGAGUGAUAUCGUUUUCUUGAAGACGUGGUACCCAAUCAAGCCAAAAAGGUUUUAUAACCCCGUGACAUCUCUGCUCCUAUCUGACAAGGAGAAUUGGAGAGGUAUGAAGCUUACAGGGACUUUGAAGGCAGAAAAUAACAUAUCAGCGGCGUCAGAUCCUGAUUCAGAAUACAAGAAGAUUGAACGAAAAGAACGAAAGUUCAAUCCACUCAAAAUUCCUCGCUCCAUUCAAGCGACCCUGCCUUAUAAAUCUCAGUUGCACCAAAUGAGAAAACAGAAGAGACAAGGAUACUUGCAAAAGAGAGCAGUCGUUGUGGGAGGUGAAGAACGAAAAGCAAGAAGCAUUGUUCAAACCGUUCAAACUAUCAAAAAGGAUAAAGACCAGAAACGUUCAAUGAAGAAGCAAGAAAAAAAUGCUGAAAGACUUAGAAAGCUGGCAAAGCUCGAGGAAGCUAAAAGAGAUAAGGAGAAGCAACGAAAAAAGGAGUUUUUUUCUCAAAGUAAGAAGCGAAAAUUGGCAGGAGCCAGCCCUGCCUCUAGUGAUGCAUUCGGUAAGAAAAGGAAAAGCUAA